CGAGAUGCCCCGCCCAAUACGAGCGAACUAACGCUAUUCAAACAUUCCAAUGUACAAGAGCGAUGCACGAGUAGUUUAAUAUUUUUACUUGUGUAAAAUAUUGUUAUAUUACCAAGUGUGAAGACUAAAUAUUGACGAUACAAUAGGCGAAAGGAAAGGAGACAUCGUGAGAAAAUCUUAACAUUGUGACAUGUCCAUUCUAGACGAGCGCAAAGAUUACCUGAAGAACCCGUACUUCAAGGGACACGAGUACAGUGACUUCACACCGUUCUAUGUCACGAUAGCUUUCUGCACUGUCCUGGGUGGAAUCCUAUUCAUCCUGAACAUCGUGUUUUGCUGGUGCUCACGGCACCGAGAAUAUUGGCAGAAUCACCACACAGGAAAUAGGUGGAUUCAGCCUCUAUGGACUGUAUUGCCGUAUAAAACGCCGCCACUUGAUCUAAGUGAACUAGAACAUGGUCGCAUCAAGUAUCCGCAAGUGAGACACGAAAUCAUUCAGUAUCACGAUACAGAAUCUGAGGGAGGUACAGUACAGCCGCAGGAGUAUGUAGAGUUGCAAAAACGCGAGAGUGAGAUUUAAAAUAGCUGAAAGCACCAACUAGCAAUCAGUGUGGUAU